AUUGGAUUCGACCAUGACAACAUCCUGUCACGUGCUGAACAGUAAAUGGCGCUAAGAAUGAAGUGACAGAAAGAUUAUAGCCGAACCACAGAAAGACGAGAUCAGAUGAAUGAGGGCGAGUGUCUCGGUAUGUGAAAGUUGACAGACUACUCUGAUCAAGUAGAGAGUUAAAAUGGUAACAGCAUUUGUUGAAGGAUGGGAUUUGGUGCAGACACUGGGUGAAGGAGCUUAUGGAGAAGUAAAAUUGGCUGUAAACAGAGAAACCCAUGAGGCUGUGGCUGUAAAAAUUAUUAAUUUAAAUAAAUUUCCUAAUAUAGAAGAAAGUGUUAAAAAAGAGACGUGCGUACAUCGUAUGUUAAAUCAUGAAACUAUUAUUAAAUUCUAUGGAUCUCGACAAGAUGAAAACAUGCAGUAUAUAUUUCUGGAGUAUGCUAGUGGUGGAGAAUUAUUUGAUAGAAUAGAACCUGAUGUUGGGAUGUCACAAUUAGACGCUAACAGAUAUUUUAAACAGUUAAUCAGUGGUGUGGAAUAUUUACAUUCUAAAGGUGUAACACAUCGUGAUUUAAAACCAGAGAAUCUUCUCUUAGAUGACAAUGAUAAUCUUAAGAUAACGGAUUUUGGUUUUUCUACUGUUUUCCGUUUCCAAGGCAAAGAACGUAAAAUGGAGAAAUGUUGUGGAACUGUUCCGUAUGUUGCCCCAGAGGUGUUGAGUAGGAAGCCGUACUACGCGGAACCGUCAGAUAUCUGGUCGUGUGCCAUUAUAUUAGUUGCUCUGCUGGCAGGGGAAUUACCGUGGGAUGAACCAACUUAUUCAUGUAAAGAAUAUUGUGAUUGGAAAGAUUGUAAAAUAACUCAAUCACCAUGGAAUAAAAUAGAUAACCUGGCUCUAUCGUUGUUACGUAAAGUAUUAUUAGAGAAUUAUAAAAAACGUUAUACGUUAGAACAGAUUAAAAAACAUCAGUGGUUCAACAAAUCUUUCAAAAGUAGAAAAGCUGGUCUAUCUCUGUAUCCAUCAGGUUCACCAUCUGAUUCUCCAAGUGGUACCGGACCGUUUAAACGGCUCUGUUCUCGUAUGGAGAUGAGUCCACCAAAUACAGCUUCUCCCAGGGCUAAUAUCUCGUGUUCUCAACCAGAACUACGACCAUGUAAUUACCCAGAGUCUCAGCCUGAUGCUAGAACAGACAGGAAAGAUAACUCUAAUUUUAUCAUGAGUUUCUCUCAACCAGUUCAUCUUGAUAAUAUGUUAUUAUCAAGUCAGAUUCAGGGCACCCCAGGCUCAUCACAGACACCGAUGCAGAAACUUGUUCGUAGGAUGACCCGAUUCUUCGUUAAGACAGAUCAGGAAGAGACGUUACAGGAAAUUAAUCGUGUAUUUGAUCAUCUGGGUUUUACGUGGAAGAAGAAUACGCCAUCUUUGUUAACUGUCUCCACCGUGGAUAAAAGACGAACUCGUCUUGUAUUUAAAACAAGUCUUGUCAACAUGGGUGAAAACCUACUGCUGGAUUUUAGGCUCUCAAAGGGAGAUGGUUUAGAAUUUAAACGUCUGUUUAUAAAAGUAAAGGAAAGAAUGAAACCAGUCAUCAGUAAAGUUCCACCCAUGUGGCCAUUGCAUCCCAUCAGACCUGAUUCGCUGACGUAACUAUAACCGUCGUCAUCACAUCCAAUCAAACAUGUCACUGUAAUCAUCUAAUCAUCUAAUCAUAUCAUUGCUACAUAAUGUACCAUUAGAUAUUAAAUCAAUCCUAGUUACACUUUAGUACUAUCAGGUAUUAAGUCUGGAAGAAAAACCCUAAAGCAAUCAUAUCAUUGUUAGAUAUGUUACAUCACUUCAGUACCAUCCAUCAGGUAUUAAGGUCUGGAAGAAAAACCCUAAACCAUAUUCUUUGUAGUAAUGGUUCCACCACUACAAUAAGCGUUUGGACCUGGAAGCUUGUAAGGUUAAGCUUCGUUAGUUUUAUAGUAGAUCCACUCUAAGAUACCAUUGUUAGGAAUUUUUUCUGAUAAUGGUUGAACAUUUGAUGCUCAAUUCAUUUAUUACACAUAGUCCUUAUUUAUAUUGUAACUGAUAUUGUUACUGCUGGCCUGAUAUUGUAUCUGCUGGCCUGGUAUUGAAACUGCUGGUAAUCAACAAUUGUACAUGUGUUAUGAUUUAUGUAUUUCCUAUCAAAUCAUGUCAAAUAUUGAAACAUAAAUAGUUUGUGGUAAAUUCCACAUUGAUAUGAUAGUUGGUGAUACUUUUGUGUAUGUGACUUAAUUUAUAUAUAUAUAUUGAAAGAUGAUUAUAUUUAUAUAAUGGGUUAUGUUAACUAUUGUGUUGUUAUGGUGAUUACCAUUAUGUAAUGUGUUGUCAUGGUGAUUACAAUUAUGUAUUGUGUUGUCAUUGUCAUUACCAUUAUGUAAUGUGUUAUGGUGAUUACUAUGAUGUAUUAUGUUGUCAUGGUAACCAUCAUUAUGUAUUGUCUUGUCAAGGUGACUAUAAUUAUAUAUUGUCUAAUGAUUAUAUGUUUUGAAAUCUUGGUGUUUGUACAUAAGUAGCCUAACCAUGGGGGCUUAGUGUAGUGUGUGGCCAUUUUGUAUAAUGUAACCAUGGUGACAUUUAUUAUAUUACUCAGCAACUAUAUAAUAUAAGCAUGUUUUGUUGAUCCAAAAUAAUGCACAGUGAUUUGAUUCUAAAUUAACUAAUAAACAGUUGUUGGAGAGUAUUAGGCUGUAGUUAUUACCUAAAUACACUAUUCAGGUUUUGGACACAUAUUAACGAAAGAUUAUUAAUCUGGUAGAGGAGUAGUUUAAAAAAAAGCUCAAGCUGCACGUAUUUAUUAGCGUAAAACUGUUCAUUUGGAAUACAAUCAAAGAUUUGUUAGAUAUCAUCGUUUUCAAGCAUGUACUAUUAUUUGUGUGUAAAAACGAUAAGAGAAUGCAUGUUGAAAUGUCAUGCUGUUUGUAACAAUCUAUAUCAUUGGUGGCCAAAAUACGGCCUGCAAAUCCUGGUCAUCUGGCCCACCAAAUCCUUACACUAUAUCUUAAAAUUUAUGAGUAAUUUUAUCACUAAAUGAAAUGAAAAAUCAAAAUUUCUUAUCAUUAGGCCCAAACUCUACUAAUAGCUUGCAGCGUCACUCAAUGGCGUAGAUGCCUAAUUGACCUCACUUUACUUGGGCCUACUUUCAUUUUACGUUAUUGUUUGAUUUCUUGAAAUGCUAUGGAGCCGAAUAAAAAGCUCAGAAAAAGUGCUUUGUUCCGUAUUACUUUAUUCAAUAAAACGUCAUUUCAUAAUCCUGGUUUGGCCCUCACUUUGUUCCAAAACUUUGUGUUUGGCCUUUCACCUAAAAAGGUUGCCCACCACUGAUCUAUAUAAAUGAUUGAUAUUAUGUUUUAUUGUGUUCACUCAGUAAUAGAGUAAAACUUGUAAACCUAGAAUCGAGAUCAUUGGUUCACCAGGAACAAGUUGUUCGUAUAAUAUAAUGAACACAGUAGUAGUGAGCAGUAACUGUUAAAGUAUAAUUAAACAUUUCAAGAGCUAAAUCUGCCUAUUGCAGAACUUUCUUUAGGCCUGAAACGUAAUAUAAAUUAUUAAUUAGGCAUUAAUUAACCCAUCCAGGCCAUAAUCAACUCUCGAUACCAUUGUUAACCUGCGAUAUUUAGUGGAUUGGAAUACGUUUUGUGAUGGAUGAAAUAACCUUAAAAAAGAUGAAUCAAGACUUUAUUUAAUAUCGUAACAACGUUAGUAAUGACGAUCAGGGCUAACCUUAAAUAGUAAAGAAAUUUGUCUGAAAUUUUCAGCAUAUUCUGUUUUCAUUAUCUAUCUUUUUAACUAUUGUAACGACCUAAUGCCCCUUUAAUUAAAUAAUGUGUUUUCAGUAUAUUUAUAGAAUAUUUAUGUAAAAUAUUAAUAUAAAGAAUUUCAUACUA